AUGUCGUCGCCCAUCCCCAUCACAAUCUUCACCGGCUUCCUGGGCUCAGGCAAGACCACGCUCCUGCUGAACCUCCUCCCGCAACUGCGGGCCCAGAAUCCCAGCUACAAGCUCGCGCUCCUCAAGAACGAGUUCGGCGACCUGGCCAUCGACUCGCAGCUGGCGUCCGCGUCGGCGAUCACGGGCGUGCGUGAGCUGCUCAACGGCUGUAUCUGCUGCAACCUGGUCGGGCAGCUGGACUCCGCCCUGCGGGAGCUGGCGGCGCAGGAGCAGCCGGACCGGAUCGUCGUCGAGACGUCGGGAUCGGCGUUCCCGGCCACGCUGGCCAUGGAGGUCAACCGGCUGGCGCGGGAGACGCGGGGCGCGUACGUGCUCGACGGCGUGGUGGCCGUCAUCGACGUGGAGAACUGGGCGGGCUACACGGAUACGAGCUACACGGCGCGCAUCCAGGCGCGGUAUACGGACCUGGUGGUGUUUAACAAGUGGGAGGGGGUGGCUGCGGGGAGGAUGGAUGAGUGUCUGGAUCGGCUGGGGGAUCUGGAGGUCCAGGUUGCGUGGGUGAAGAGUGAUCGGGGGAGGGUGCCGGUGGAUGUUGUGUUUGGGAUUGAUGGAGGGCUGGCGAGGACGUUGGGGCAGGGGGGAGCGGAGGAGAAGGAGGGGCAUGCGCACAAGCAUGAGCACGGGAAGGGAGGCGAGAAGGGACAUCAGAGCGAGGUCGAGGUGCUGUCUGUUACGCUUGAGGCGGAGGCUGGGGCCGUCGUGGAUUCGGGGAAGCUGGAGAAGCUGCUGAAGACUGCGCCGAAGGACGAGGUCUAUCGGAUCAAAGCCGUGCUGACGGCCUCUUCCCGCAUUGCGUCUACGGACGACAACUCGGAGCCUGCAGCUGCGGGAGCGGGAAGGUAUAUCCUCAAUUGGGCCUUUGGGCGCUGGACGUGUACGCCGAUGCAGAGCGAGGAGCACGAGUCGAGUAACGGAGUUGUGUUGCGACUGACCAUGAUACUGGCGCGCUUCGAAAGCACGAAGUGGAAGAAGAGGAUAGAGACUGGCGGCUUCGUCGAAUUAUAUGGCGACCAGAAGGGCUCAGUGAAAGUCGAAAAGAUCGCAUGA